ACAAAUAAAAACAAGCGCAGCAUGUCGUCAGUUAGGGUGGGUCCAGAACCAUUCCCGUAAGUCGGAUCCUCCACGUGUUGCAGUUCUUGUUUUUGUUUGAGGUGGUCUGAUGAGGUAGUUCCCUGGUGGCAAACAUGUAAGAAAACUGAGUCAGCUUUGCUUCGUUGUCACAAUCAUCAAAAUUCACAAAAACCAAACAAAAGGCAUAAAUUUUGGAGAGAAAAGAGCAUAUCUAAGAGAGACAGAGAAGGGGCCAUCCUCAUCAUCAUUACACAAAUGGAGGAGGAUGAUCGUCUUAACAAAGCGAAGGAGGAGGAGGAGGAGGAGGAGGAAGGUGGGGAUCAGGUGGGGUCGAGCUUGACCUUGGAGAGGGUAGCUGCUGCAAAGAUCUUCAUUGAGAAUCAUUACAAGGCUCAGAUGAAACACAUCCAGCAACGCAAAGAAAGGCGCUUAGAGCUGAAAAAGCAGUUGGCAUCUUCCCAAGUUUCUGAAGAGGAACAAAUUAACAUACUGAAGGAUUUAGAGCACAAGGAAACACAGUAUAUGCGACUUAAAAGGCACAAGAUUUGUGUUGAUGAUUUUGACCUUUUGACAAUAAUAGGCAGAGGGGCAUUUGGAGAGGUUAGGUUAUGCAGGGAGAAGAAGUCAGGCGACAUCUAUGCUAUGAAAAAGUUGAAGAAGUCAGAAAUGCUUAGUAGGGGGCAGGUCGAGCAUGUCAAAGCUGAAAGGAAUUUGCUUGCAGAAGUUGCAAGUCACUGUAUUGUGAAACUGUACUAUUCUUUUCAAGAUGCUGAAUACUUAUACCUGAUCAUGGAAUAUCUGCCUGGAGGUGACAUCAUGACUUUGUUGAUAAGAGAAGAGACUUUGACUGAAACCAUGGCUAGAUUUUACAUUUCCCAAAGUGUUCUUGCUAUAGAAUCUAUUCAUAAACACAACUACAUUCAUAGCCAUAUGUAUAUUUUUUUCAGAGAUAUCAAACCUGACAAUCUAUUGUUAGACAAAAAUGGUCAUAUGAAGCUCUCUGAUUUUGGUCUUUGCAAGCCUCUUGACUGCACAAAUUUAUCAGCUAUAAAUGAAAAUGAAGCACUUGAUGAUGAAAAUUUGAAGGAAUCCAUGGAUGCUGAUGGACACUUUCCAGAAGCUGGUGGAAGGCGCUGGAAAAGUCCCCUUGAACAACUACAACACUGGCAGAUAAACAGGAGAAAAUUGGCCUAUUCCACAGUCGGCACACCAGAUUACAUUGCUCCAGAAGUGCUGUUGAAGAAAGGAUAUGGGAUGGAGUGUGACUGGUGGUCUCUUGGUGCAAUAAUGUACGAGAUGCUAGUUGGUUAUCCCCCAUUUUAUUCUGAUGAUCCAGUAACAACUUGCAGAAAGAUUGUGCAUUGGAGAAAUCACUUAAUAUUCCCAGAGGAGGCAAGGCUGACACCUGAAGCAAAGGAUCUGAUCUGUAGAUUGCUUUGUGACGUUGAUCAUAGGCUUGGGACUCUGGGGGCAUACCAAAUUAAAGCUCAUCCUUGGUUCAAAGAUAUUGUUUGGGACAAACUUUAUGAAAUGGAGGCAGCAUUUAAACCAGAGGUCAAUGGGGAGCUCGAUACACAAAAUUUUAUGAAAUUUGAUGAGGUCGAACCCCCAUCAACAAGAAGAGGAUCCGGACCCAUGAGGAAGACAAUGUUGAAUCCUCAAGAUCUUAGUUUUGUUGGUUACACGUACAAGAACUUUGAUGCUGUGAAAGGGCUACAUCAUUCUUUUGAUGUGAAGAGAAGCUCAUUACCGAGGCAGGCAUCCACCGAUUCUUGUCACAGUGAUUCUGCAGUGGACUACUCAUCUAAGGACUCAAUUGGUGACUUACACGCACUGACUCUUUCCUCAUCAGUAGAUGCCUGUCACAGUGAAGAGCUGUCCAAUUCCUUACGUGGAAACCAUCUGGCAUAAUGGACGCAAUGUCCCUGUUGUGAAGGCGGUGGGUCUGCCUCCUUAUUUUUUAGUCAGGCACGGCCCAAACAUGCACUGUUAACGAAGCUUGCCAUAACAUAGUGUAAAACGUUUAUACAUUUGCAGGAAAUAUUGGAAGGACUUGUGCAAAACCGAUUGUGGGGAAGUUGGUAAAAUAGUUGUAAUCAAUUUUAAAGGUUUUGGAUCUAUGUAAAAAUUGACAGAUUAUACUGUGGUUUUGACUGCCCAGGUUGGCAGACUAAUAGCAUAUGCCUUCUCUUGUGGCAGUUUAAGCCUCCACUCUCUGGUUUUGUGUUUUUUUAAUAGUCUAGGAAGCGAGAAUGACCCUCAGUUGUGUCGUGGACUCCAGCUUAUAGGUAUUGUACGGAGAGCCAUGGGCCUUUUUGUGACUGAAAUAUACUGAAGUUUAAUUCUCACUUUUAUAAAGGAUGUGAUCCCUUUUUGGGAUUUUUUUA